UGUCUCUAACGAACGUUCCAAACUUCAUAGCACAUGCAGUGGACACCUCCAACGCGUUGGCUUGCCAAAAGAACCUUUUCACAACACGUCUUCAGUCUCGGACUCGGUCGGCCGCAGUCCCCAUUCCGCUCUUUUCUGAAAGUCAAAAGAGAGCGGUUUGGCAAUUAGGAGUACGCGCGCAAUCAGGACGUCAUGUCAAUGUUGCCCUCUUUCGGGUUUACCCAGGAGCAAGUGGCGUGCGUGUGUGAGGUGCUACAACAAGGGGGGAACCUCGAGCGCCUGGGACGCUUUUUGUGGUCCCUGCCAGCCUGCGACCAUCUCCACAAAAACGAGAGCGUUCUCAAGGCCAAGGCUGUGGUAGCUUUUCACCGCGGAAACUUCAGGGAGCUUUAUAAAAUACUAGAGAGCCAUCAGUUUUCCCCACACAACCACCCCAAAUUGCAGCAGCUGUGGCUCAAGGCCCACUAUAUCGAGGCCGAGAAACUAAGGGGACGACCACUGGGCGCCGUAGGGAAGUACCGGGUACGGAGGAAAUUUCCUUUGCCGCGCACGAUAUGGGACGGAGAGGAGACAAGCUACUGUUUCAAAGAGAAGUCCCGAGGCGUUCUACGAGAGUGGUACACACACAAUCCGUAUCCUUCUCCCCGCGAGAAAAGGGAGCUGGCUGAGGCAACGGGGCUGACCACCACGCAAGUGAGCAACUGGUUUAAAAACAGGCGACAGCGAGAUCGAGCCGCCGAAGCAAAAGAAAGAGAGAACAGCGAGAACAACAAUUCAGGCGCUAACAAACAGAACCAGCUGUCACCGUUGGACGGUGGGAAGUCCCUCAUGUCCAGCUCGGAAGACGACUUCUCGCCUCCGCAGAGCCCUGACCAGAACUCCGCACUUCUGCUUCAGGGUAACAUGAGCCACCCCGGCGCGUCCGCGUACCCCAUGACUGGCCUCGGCGCCACACAGUCGGUACACGGCAUGCAAGGACACCCACACCAGCUCCAGGAUUCAUUACUGGGACCGUUGACAUCAAGUCUAGUGGACCUCGGUUCUUAAGCCAUUAAGACUGAGAUUUUAUUUAUUUAUUUUUGUUUAUUUUGUACGGAAUAGUAGAAAGAGAUCUGCCACUUUACUAUAGAUAUGAACAAUGAACAGUAUAAGGCUGAACGCAAAAUCCGUAGACAUUUUUUUUCUGGUAAGAGUUCACAGUAGGUUUUACCAUGGUGGACUAAUAGCCACAUGGACUGACAUUUGCCAAGUCGUUAAACUGGACAAAGGACGAACCAAAAGCAUUUAAUAAACCUAAUGCUCUUCAUCAAACCUUCA